AUGCAAUCAAUCUGUCCGGGCGAUAGAUCAUUUGGCCCUGCCGUCGUUGGUUGUCGCAACGAUUUCGACUUCAGCAUCACCUUUGAAGAAACCAUCCUGUCUAUUGUACCCUCAGGUUUAUUCAUCCUCAUUGCAGCGUGGCGAUUACAUACCCUCACUAGCUACCAAAAGCUUAUCCGAGGUCAUGCAAUUCGAUAUCUGAAAUCGGCAUCAUUGCUGGCACUUGUAGCAUUGGAGUCCACGACUCUAGCACUCGUUGCUCAACAGUUACCACGCGAUGAGGCCGGAGAUAAAGUCACCGCAGCCGCGGUCUUGACCAUAUUGGCAACAUUACUACUACUUGUUAUUUCCAACCUCGAGCACUCUAGAAGUCUUCGUGCUUCCGUGCUGAUCAGCCUCUAUCUUGUCCCGACAGUUUUGUUUGAUAUCGCCCGGGCGAGGACCUGGUGGCUUGCAUUUGGGGGGCUUUCAUGCACUGUUUCAUUCACAAUAAAAACAAUCUUCAAAUUCUGCAUCGCUGUCCUCGAGGCAGUCCCGAAGAAGCGUUGGCUCGAGGAUGACCAAAAACAGAAGGGUAUCAGCCCGGAAGAGACCAGCGGAGUUUACUCUUUGGCUUUCCUGUGGUGGCUCAACCCGCUGAUCUACUUGGGAUCCCGCAAGGUUCUUGACUCUGACGAUUUAUAUCCUCUAGAUACCCAGCUCUCCUCAAAUAAUCCACUUCCUGGGUUCAGGAAGAUGCACGAACCCUUCAAUGACAAUGCAAACAGUAUAAGUAUACUCUUUCGCCUUGUGCGAACGGCAGGAUUGGCGCUACUUGCUCCGGUUCCGGCGCGACUGCUAUUAAUUGGCUUCUCUUUCUGUCAGCCGUUCUUCAUCCAAACGCUUACCCGCUUCCUCCAAGGAGACGGAACAUUGGACAACAAUACUGGGGCAGGUCUCAUCGGCGCCAGCAUCCUCAUUUACUCGGGACUAUCCUUGUCCGCGUCCAUGUAUUGGUAUUAUCACUAUCGACUCCUCACGAGACUUCGUGCAACACUCGGCACUAUAGUCUUCGACAAAUCUCUACAUCUCUCCGAGGUCGACGACUCCGUAUUGACCGUGAUGAGUUUGGACAUCAACCGUGUCUAUGGCGGACUGCACAACAUACACGAGCUAUGGGCGAAUACUUUAGAAGUGGCCCUUGCAGCAUGGCUCCUACAAAGACAACUCGGUGCUGCAUUUGCGGCUCCAAUCGUCGUUGUGGUCGUAUGCGUCGGGCUUACGACGGGGGUAGGUAAGUAUGCUGGCAAAUGGCAAGGUGACUGGUCGGACAAGACCCAAGGCCGCGUCAAGCUUACUUCGGGCAUAAUCACACAGAUCAAGGAGGUGAAAUUGUCGGGCCGGGCUGAACAGAUGGUAGCUCUGGCACACCGUCUGCGCGAGGAUGAGCUGAACUCAGGAAGCAGAUUUCGACUUCUCGGGGUGUUCUCUACUUGUGUCGCUUUUGCCCCGAUGCUCCUCGCUCCUGUGAUCACAUUUGCCGUCACGGACAUCGGGCGCCCUCUUGAUACGUCGCAGGUCUACGUUUCUCUGGCAUACUUGACACUUCUCGCCAGCCCAUUGUCUCAGCUGUUCCAGACAGUCCCGAUGAUGCUGGCAUCCACAGCGAGCUUCAGAAGAAUCCGGGAUUUCCUGGCUCAGCCAUGUCGAGGCGUCUACGACGUGGCUCCUCCUGUUGUAGACGAGGAGGGCGUGGAGGAGUCCUUCUCAUUCCAAGAUGCAUGCCUAGGGUGGCAAGAAGGUCGAUGGACACUCUCGAAUCUUAAUCUCGCCUUUCUCGAGUCCCAGCUGUCGAUAAUUAUAGGACCUGUUGCAUCUGGGAAGUCAACAAUCUGCAAGAGUAUAUUGGGAGAAGUGCCGUUCGUUGGGGGAACCAUCAGGACUGGAGCGGCCUGUCACGAGAAAGUAGGCUUCUGUGACCAAGCUGCGUUUCUGACGCACGACUCUAUUCGGGCAAAUGUCAUCGGACCUGAGCCAUUUGAUGCUGCGAGGUAUGAAUCCAUCCUUCGAGCUACCUUGUUAGAUGUAGACAUUGCAUCGUUUCCAGAAAGAGAUGGCACUCAAAUCGGCAGUAAAGGGAUGGCCCUCAGUGGUGGUCAGAAACAAAGGGUAGCCCUGGCUCGUGCGCUGUACCUCGACGCCAAAAUCUAUGUUUUGGAUGACGCACUCAGUGGUCUCGACAUAAAAACAGCUGAUGCCGUGGUCCAGAGUCUUUUUGGUCCGCAGGGCCUCCUACGGGACAAGACCGUCAUAUGGUGUACUCAUUCUACCAAGUAUCUUUCUCUAGCGCAACAAGUCAUAGUCCUGGGAAAAGAGGGUAUGGUACAGCGUUGCGGUCCUCCGGAUCCGCAGACGUUCGAUCUCACCGAGGCAAGCGCGCCGGGUAGUAUAGAGCUCGAUGCGCAAUCGUCUACUCAUGGUUCGCCGCCUGGCCAGCCGCCCGCCACUACAGCGGUUGUCACCAAUCCGGAAACGAACAUUCUCCGAAGUCGACACGACAGUCAAGUAUAUGCUCUGUACCUCCGAGCUCUCGGCCCUGGAAUCAUGGUCCUCGUUGUCGCGACAGGCGUCCUCUUCGGCUUUUCAUGGAGUUUUGGGACAAUAUGGGUCGGCUUCUGGACCAGAAAUACGUUUGACCGGCCCGCGUCCGAUUCCCGGUCAUUCUACCUAGGCCUGUACGCUGUCUUCCAGGUCUUCGGCGUCGUCGCCCUGGCCAUGUACUGUAGUAGCACGCAGCUUCUGAUGUCCAGACGAGGAGGCUCGCAGCUCCACGCCAGGGCCAUCAGGCACCUGUUCAGCUUGCCGUUGAGCUAUUUCGGUACGGUAGACUCGGGAGUUACGACGAACCUCUUUUCGCAGGAUAUGGGCAUGCUUGACAAUAAUCUGACUUUCGCAAUCUCUAACACUUUCCUCUCCGGCUUCACGGUUGUUGGGCAGCUCGUCGUGGUAGCUGUUGCAACGCCGUUCGUGGCUGUUGGAUACCCUCUCAUUUUCGGGGUCUUGUACGUACUUCAGAACUACUACCUCAGGACCUCAAGACAGCUGAGACUACUUGAUCUCGAAGCAAAGAGUCCUCUAUACGAAAGCUCAAAAUUCCAGGAAGUGGCCACGGGAUUAAUCUCCAUCCGGGCUUUUAAAUGGGCCGGUGAUUACCAACGAUCCUAUGGUCUGCUCCUAGACAAGUCCCUGCAACCGGACUACCUACUAGAUCUCGUCCAGCAGUGGUUGUCGCUCAGCCUGAACCUGAUAUCCGGAAUCAUUGCCGUCGCAGUCACUUGCUUCGCCACGCAGAUCUCCUCAACCUCGCAUGCCGGGCUCGUCGGCGCAGGGCUGGUGUCCCUGAUGACUCUCAGCGAUCUAAUCUGUGCGACCGUGCGGUCCUGGGUGCAGUUGGAAACCUCGCUCGGCGCCGUGAAGCGGCUCAAAGACUUCGAGGGUAUCGGCCCGGAAAAGAAGCACGGCAACGAGAUGCAUCCACCGGACGGCUGGCCCAGCUCUGGUCGUGUAGAGAUCAGUGGUGUAUCGGCAGGCUACGGAGAUGCGCGGGAGAAGCCCAAUGCCCUUCAGGACGUUCGUCUCAGCAUCAUGGGCGGAGAAAAAGUUGCCAUAGUCGGCAGAACGGGGAGUGGAAAAUCAUCUCUCCUUCUUCUUCUUAUGCGGCUGCUCGACCCUGCACCGGAGACAGCUGAGAAGCUGACGAUCGACGGCAUUCAGCUCCAGCAACUAGAUCGCGAGACGUUGCGGCGGAGGAUCAUUGCCGUACCGCAAGAGACUAUAUUCCUAGCCGGCGAGGAAACAUUCAAAGAGCUUCUAGAUCCCUAUGGAAAGCUAAGUGUGGAGCAAUGUGAGACUGCCCUCGCCGAGGUAGGUUUACAGGAUGCCGUGGACGGGAUGGGUGGCUUGCACGCACCGGUCGCCAAAGACGCACUGAGCCACGGUCAGAAACAGCUGCUCGGCCUCGCUAUCGCUAUAGGCAGAAAGAUGCACCGGGACCAAACCGCUGCUCUAGAGACGGCGGAGAAGAAGUCGCGUGUAGAAGGUGGUGUCCUCUUGCUCGAUGAGGUGACCUCCAGUGUCGACCCAGAGACCGAGAAAAAUAUGCAGCUAGUUAUCUUCCGGGUCUUCAGCGAGUACACUGUGAUUAGUGUAACUCAUCAACUCAGGUUUCUGGACAGAUAUGACGCCGUAUAUAGUAUGUCAAACGGCGAGCUUACCAAAUUCGGAAACGUCGAUAAUUAA